CAUUUCCCAGAAAUCCUUGCGCGUGACGUCACGACCGCGGCAACAGGAAGUGUUCAAACUGAGUCGUUGCUGUAGAGAAGGAAUGACCUGUACACUUGAGAAGGUGCUGGCCGAUGCCAAAUCACUGGUGGAGAGACUCCGAGAUCAUGACAAUGCUGCUGAGAUCCUGAUUGAACAAACCACACUGCUGAAUAAGAGAGUGGAGGCCAUGAAGCAGUAUCAGGAUGAGAUCGAGGUGUUGAACCAGGUGGCGAGACAUCGGCCACGCUCUACUCUGGUCAUGGGAAUCCAGCAGGAAAACCGGCAAAUACGGGAACUGCAGCAUGAAAACAAAGAGCUGCGCACGUCGCUGGAGGAGCAUCAGUCUGCGCUGGAGCUGAUCAUGAGCAAAUACAGAGAGCAGGUGUUUCGCCUUCUGAUGACCAGCAAGAAAGAUGAUCCUGCUAUAGUCACUCAGCUCAGAGAACAGCACACUAAUGAGAUGCAAGCGCACAUUGAGAAAAUAAAUGAAAUGGCCACGGUGAUGAGGAAAGCCAUCGAGGUGGAUGAAGGGCGACUGUGUGAGGAUGAGGAGAGAAUCAAACGUCUGCAGCUGGAGAACAGCGGUUUACGCGAGCUGUUGGGAAUCAGUCGCGAGGCGUUUCUGGUGCUGAAGAGAGACGACUCGUCUGACAGCACGUCUCUGUCUCCACUGCUCACCAGCACAGAUGUCAGUCUGAGGAAGAGCUAAAGGCCAACAGAGACUCCGAGUUUACAAACCAUCAUUCAGACAGAGCUGCCCAACAAAUCCCACAAUCCUCCAUUACAGGGCCGUGAUGACCUCACACGGCUGUCUGUCAUGAGGGGUUUUGCAGGAAGAGCUUGUGAAAUCUGGGAUUCCAUUACUUUUCCAUCUCUCCAUUAUCAUGUCUUCAGGCUGGAAAAGUGCAAUGACCAAAUUGACUGAUUCAGCCAUAUGAAAACAAUCAUUUGUGGAAUGACCUAUAGGCAGAUUGUGAAUGAUUACUUUACCUGAACACGGGACUUUGUAAAGGAAAUGUCACAGUGUGUCAU